GUCGCAGUCCCGGCCCCAGGUCCUGCAAAGCCUCCAUGUUGCCGGCGGCGCGCAGUCUGGAUGCCUUAGUAUAAGGAUCAGUGAGGGGAGCGACUUGUGGGAGGGGGUUCGAGGAUACAAGGCUCUCAGCUUUUUGCUCUUCAAGUUCCCGUCGAGUUGCUGGUGCAACUACCCGUUUUCAAAAUGGCGUUGGGAGCUCUCUUGUAUUCGUUCGUUCUGGCCUCGUGCCUGAGCUUUGUAGCUGCUACUCCCUCGCCGAUGGACCUUGCUGUCCGCACGUACAAUGCCCCGGGCAGUACUGUUGAGGAUACAUACCGAGCUAUUCGGAGAGGCCUUGCCGCCGCGAAGCUUGAGAAGAGAACGGACUUGAAGGGAAACACCACCCUGGAUCGGAGCUGGGACGGCGCAGUGCUGCUGAAAUUCGGCUUAUCUCAAGACAUCCCCACGAACAGCAACAAUGCCACUGCUUCUGUCUCAGAAAGCGUCGAAAUCAUCUGCACGACAUGCUACGUCAAGGGCCUUGCGAGGGCGGAGCUCAACAUCCCUGAUAACUUCAAUGCUAGUGAUGCUCUCGAAAACACCGUCGACGUGGUGGCAGACGAGGUAGGCAACUUCACUGAAGAAGUCCUGGACUAUUUUGGAAACUACACGGAGUCAGUUAUCGGCAAUCUUGCCGAUGGAUUCGACGUCAGAGACUUCGCCAUGCCCACCUUCAACUACUCCUUCGACGUCGAUAUCCCAGAUAUUCCUGAGUGCACGCUCAACUUCCAGUUUGAUGGCAUGGAGCUGUACUUGGAACUGGAAACUAUUCUUGGUAUGGGCGCCAAGUAUGAGCUCAAUUUGUUCACGAGCAACACGCCAAUUGGCAUCGGAGUCGGAAACAGUCUCAUGCUCGGCGUCGUGUUCAAGGUCGAUUUGAUCCUUAGUGUGGACGGAACCAUCGAUAUCAGCAGCGGCUUCCACAUCAAGCUAGACGACGGUAUCACAAUCGACAUUGCACUCUUCGGCCAGAAUGUUUCCAACCUGGAAUUCCCCGGCGGCAAAUUCGAGUUCCUCCCCGUAACCAUCGAAUCCGCCGGCGUUGUCAUGAGCGCCGUGCUGCGCAUCGGCAUACACUCCGGGCUUGUCCUCUCCACGCCUCAAAUCGGUCCACACUUUACUAUCUUCAACCAAGAAGUUGGCUUCCCCCAGAUGAGUGGCGGCAUUGAAGUGGGCGUCUACGCCAACAUCGCGGAGUUCACUACGAACGUGACGCUGGUCCCCGACGACCCAGGGUGCGAACUCAAGGUAGUGCAGGAGUACCAGCUUGCACUGGGCGCUACAGCAGGUGCGAGCGUUGCGAUCGAUACGCAUACGUGGGGUCCCGUGGCCGAGACAAGUAUCCCUGUCUUUAAGACGGAACUGGCGGAGGCCUGUGCGAUUAAGGGGACGCCUACACAGAGGAAUGUUGGGUCGACGAUUACAGCUGGAGCGAGGAAGAGACAGGAUCUCGAGACCACGGUCAUUAGUACGGAGAUUACACAUACGGGUGUAGCAUGCAUGUCAACGGUUGUCGGCAACUGCCCGGCGUCCCUCCAGUCGACAACGAGGACUGUCGAGACGCGGACACUUACCACUGCGGUUCCGUCGGGUGAGGAAGCGACGUUCCCGCAGAGUGUGCAAGAUAUGGUCACCAACACCGUGGCUUUCGGUACUGGCGUUAAGGACAUUGUGUCAACGUCUGGUAGCCCAACGAGCUACACACCGCCAGCUACACCGGGAGCGGGCGGCAAUGGUGUCGGCAAAGCACUUGACGGCAAAGUUGGAGGCGUGAGUAAGAAGGUUAUCAUUGGCGUGAGUGUAGGUCUUGGUGCGCCGGUCAUCGCGGCAGUGAUUGUUGGAUUCUUAAUGUGGCGCAGACGCAAGAGGUACUCCGCUGUUCCUCAGGGCACUACUCCGCUUAUGGUUGCCGAACCAUACAGUUCCCAGGCGAAGACUAAAACGGGUGUUAGCGUCACGGAGGUUCCUCGUCGUUGAUGUUGGUACGUAUGACGAAUG